AUUGUAUUGUAUCUAAAGUUCUCGCAAUAUGGAUAGUGCACUGCGGUGAAUAUCCAGUAGACGGAGCCUUUGCGAAGCAAAAUGCCCCCUCUUCGAACUGCCAAACUAAAAAGCUCUUAUUUUGAAAUCUGGUUCACAGGAAGUUCAGUUAACGCGUCGCCGCUCUGAGUUUGACAGACCAGCGGCAAACUUCGGACUGUGUGUGAGUGAGAAAGUAAGCUGUGAAUCAGAGCACACAGUAAAAGUUGGUCUCAGUGCUGAAGUCCCUGCUGCAGCUGUCUCACGGCUUUCUAACCGCAAGCUGGAGCCGUUGUUAGCUGGAGGCUAACCCCCUGUUUAAAGUGUAUCCAGUGGAAAUGAUCGAGAAAUAUUUAAGUUUGAGUGCUUGGAUGUGAUGGCGGAGCUCCCAUCUGGACUGCUUGAGGCAUGUGUAGUGGUUGGAGCCCACAGUGAUAAGCUUCGAGAUAUACACCAGCUCCAACAACAGGGUAAGUUAAAUGGACUCCCACUGUUGGAAGCUGAGGUACUGCAGGUCCAUGCCCCGCCUUUUGUUUCCAAAGAGACCAAUUCAAGCCAGGUGAUUGCUCCAGCUUUCAGCCGUGUCCAGAGGAGGAGGAGCUUCAUUAAGAAAAAGAGGAGAGAUCGUGCUGCAGAGACUCUGUCUAAUGGAGAAGCAGCCAAUCGCGCUGAAGUGUCACCAGCAACAGAAGACAUCAGUGUUCCAAAAGAUUUGGAUCUUAUUGCUUUACCAGAGCUAUGCUUCCCAGGUGGUCUUGAGCUAGCCAGUGAGCAGAAACAAGACAGUUAUCACUUCCUGGUUUUUACUGACAUGUUUGGGAACCGAACCCAUGGAGUCGUUGUGCAGUACUACAGAGCUGUGCUGUCCUGUCAGGAAGGCGUCUUCCAGAACGGUCACAGGGGAAGCUCAACUAAAGCACGUUUCUACGCACCCUUUGCUGUGUGUAUCAUCUCCAAGUUCCCCUACUACAAUGCCCUGAAAGACUGCCUGUCAUGUCUCCUGGUCCAGCUGCAUACUGCAAGACAAGCCGAUUUUGAGGAGACAGUGAAGGAGUUUUCAGCCAAGCUGUCCCUCGUGCCGUUACCCCCUCCUGGACAGCUGCAUGUGUCUUUCAGUCUUCGUCCUCUUCAAAUAUAUCUUCCAUCAAGAGAGGAUCAGGACAGUCCUGUUGUUGACAUCGACCUGCAUCUGCCUUUCCUCUGUUUUACUCACACCGUAUUGCUCCAGGUGUUGUCCUACCUUCUCCAAGAGCAGCGACUGGUCUUGUUCUCCUGUGACUGGGCCAGACUCACUCUUGUUGCAGAGUGUCUGCUGUUGUACCUCCAGCCUCUGUCCUGGCAGCAGCCUUAUGUUCCCGUCUUGGCGAGAGGAAUGUUGGACUUCAUAAUGGCUCCCACUGCCUUUCUCAUGGGCUGUCACAUCAGUCAUUUUGAAGAGGUUGCUGCAGAGACAGAAGACCUCAUUCUGGUGAACAUCGAUGAUGGCAGCAUUCAGACAUCGUGGUGCGAAACAGUCGACCUGCCUGCUAUCCCUCUGGUUGCAGCUGAGAGCUUUACAUCAAGGGCAGAGAGUCUGCAGCUUCAUUUUGACCUGGAGCUGUGCCAUCUUGCAGCUGGAACCGAUGCUAAUGCUCUGCGAUCUCAACGCAGAGACUGGCAGAGACGGCUCAACACACAGAUACAAAAUAUCGCCCUAGAAUUGGUGGUCAACAUCUUCAGUGGGGUGCAGGACUUCCUAAGCCAUGAACACAGGGUUUUUAACAGCGAGGAAUUUCUGAGAACGAGGGAGCCAGCAGACCAGUUGUUUUACAAGAAGGUAUUAGAAACUCACAUCUUCCACUCAUUCCUGCGUGACCGGCUAAACAGGAAAUGGGACACCUUCAGCCGGAUGGAGCAGAACACACGUAAUCUCAUGCACAAGAAUCGUGGAAUGACGGAGUCUCCCCGGCGUCCUCCCAUGUCUGAGCUAUCCAGGUCUGGCUACAGAACAUACGGCAGCCCUGACAACAAGCUGAGCAAAAGGCUGGGAGCCAGCCUGCCAAAUCUGGUGCAGUCUGUCAGUGAAACUUUACCCGUCAUCAGUCCCAGAACAGUCUGCAGGAAGAUGACACCUGAUAUUGGUUUAAAGUCCCCCAAGAAAGCAGUGAAAGUUUUCCGUCUUCCAGAAUUCCCUCCUCCGCUGGCCUACCACUAUGUCCAAAACUAUUAUUCUGACAUGAUUGCUUCACUGGGGAAAGCUAUUAAUGCUACACCACCGGAAGAGUCUGCUCUACUGGCCAGGUACCAUUAUCUGCGUGGUUUGGUCAACACUGUGUCCAACAGGCGUCUUGAUGCAUUAGAGGACUUUCAGAGUCUGUACAAGACAGACUCUGAUAUUUUUCCCUCUCAGAUGGUUAAGUCUUUAGUGGACUCCCUGCCAGAGUCUGAACGUUUACAGGCGGAUAGAAAGGCAGAACUCAAACGGCUUAUCAGUCGGGUCAAAAGGGACCAGGAGCGGGAAUGUGCGGGCCGUGGAAACGGGCACGAGGAAGGCGCCAUAAAGAGAUUCCAGCUGCCGACAAAAUACAUGCAGCUUGAGGAGUUUGUGAAAUGUGUCCAGGAGUCUGGCAUUGUUAAAGACCAAGGAACUAUUCAGAGACUCUUUGAUGCUCUAACUGUAGGUCAUCAGAAGCAGGUCAGUCCAGAUUUGUUCAAGGUUUUUUACACCAUCUGGAAGGAGACUGAGGCUGAGGCACAAGAGGUUUGUCUGCCAACAUCUGUUUUGGAGCACAUUGAGGCCAACGAGUGCGUCUUCAAGGUGUCGUCUUCAGUAAAGACGAGCCGCGGAGUGGGGAAAAUCGCCAUGACUCAGCGACGGCUCUUCCUGCUCACGGAUGGACGGCCAGGAUACGUGGAGGUGGCACAGUACCGAGAUUUAGAUGAAGUAAAGGUCUCCUCAGCUCCCUUCAUGCUCCUGCGAAUCCCAGGCCUGAAGCUUCGUGUCCGGGGAAGGAAGGAAACUUUUGAAGCUAAUUUGAAAACGGAAACUGAGCUUUGGAACCUGAUGGUCAAGGAAAUGUGGGCCGGGCGCUUCACAGCUGACCAGCACAAGGACCCCCAGUACAUGCAGCAAGCUCUGACCAAUGCCUUAUUAAUGGACGCAGUAGUGGGAAGUCUUCAGAGCAGCAAGGCUAUCUAUGCUGCUUCUAAGCUGGCUUACUUUGACCGCAUCAAGAUGGAAGUCCCAAUGAUGGUUCCCAAGACAACUGCAGAGAUACUAAAGCACAAAAUUAACCCUUCGCUGGAACUUGCUUCACCUCAGGCUGUGGAUGUUCUUCUCUACACAUCAGGUCAACUAUGGGUAUCGGUAAAUAAGGGGAAGGUGAUGGUGUUUGAUGCCUCCAGCUGGUCCCUCACACACACCUGCCAUGUUGGGAAUGCUAGACUGAACUGCAUGUUGGAGGUUGACAAAGAUCAGGUGUGGAUGGGCUCUGAGGACUCAGUGAUCUACAUCAUCAGCAUAGUGGCCAUGGUGUGUAACAGACAGCUGACUGAGCACAGGGCAGAGGUCACAGGACUGGCGGUCGACAAAGACAAAUACAGCCAAAAGGUGGCAUACUCCUGCAGUGCAGAGGGGACAGUCAUGGCGUGGGAUGUCUCCACAUUGCAGGUGAAGAAGCACUUCCGCCUCUCCUGCAGCCGUCUGCAGUCCAUUUACAGCUGCAGCGGCACGCUUUGGUGUUGCUCCAGAGACAGGAUAAUGGAGGUGUGGAGGAAUGGUUCAUUAAAACGUUGCAUGAAUUUACCAGAACAACAAAAAGGCUCCACAACUACUUUCAGCUGUGCUCUGAUCUUACCAGAGCGGGAGGAAAUGUGGAGUGUGUGUGCAGAUUCUGGAGAGGUGUCUAUUUGGCACAUUAAAGACUGCAGCAAACCGUUCCACCGCAUCACCCUACAGGACUGCACCGGAUGCUACUGCAUAAUUAAAGUUAAAAACCAGGUGUGGGUUGGCGGCAUGGGUCGCAGUUCAACCAAAGGGAAGGUUUACAUCCUGGACACAGAGCGGUACCAGGUCCUGAAGGAGCUUCACGGCCAUACCGACAAAGUGACAGGGCUGUGCUCAGCUGAGGACCGCUACGUCCUCAGUGGAGCUGGAAAACAUGAUGGGAAGAUCGCCAUCUGGAAGGUGGAGUAAAGAGGCAGAAGGACUGAAAUUAUGUUUUAUAGUCAGAGUGCAAGUUCUCACUGAAUUCCCUCUGUUCAAACAAAUCCUGGAUAAUGAAGGGAAGAUCCAUAUUUGGAAAGCACAGCAAGGAGAAAAGCAAUCUGCAUCACCGGGAUAUGAAGGAAUGCAAAGAAGCUCAAAGUCUACAUGAAGUAUGACCAACUCGGGCAGCUUCUCCUGUCUUCUAUGAAGUUAAGAUUAGAAAUACUAACAGAACUUAUUUUAUCAUUUAAUGAAGGAAAACUCAAGACUGAAAGAGGGAAAGUGAGCUCAUGUUCUGCUGGAUAAUUUUUCAAUCCAAAAUGCAUCAAAGUUCACUUUAAUGAAGGUUUUGAACACAUUUAGUGUUUAUGUAAGUGCGAACACACAUGUGGUAACAGCGUGUGACUGAGCCAUACCUCCAACCGUGUUUUUGACGUUAGUGUCUGCAGCUCAGAGGAGUCAGAAUACCCCGAAAACAAAACUGCGGUUGAAGAUUUCACCAUCACAGUGGGAAAGCCCCGAUAGAAGAUUAUUUUGAUGAAGGGGAUGCUUUAAUGGACAGGAAAUAUGAUGAUACGCAAUGGUGGGAACUGGGCUUAAACUUGAUCGACACUCAGGUGUGGGUCAGAGGAUCUGCAGCAGCUGGAAUAUGUUUGAACAGGUAAUAAAAUAGGGGCUAACUGUACAGUAUGUCAACAGUAAGAGAUAUUUUUCCAUUGUUGGACAAAGUUUUUCCUUUAAUUUUUUUUUAAAAUCUUUGUGAAGGAAGUUAUGUAUUUGUAGUUUUUCCCUCUAUCAGGAGGAUUAUGUAGAAACCAACUGGCCAAUUUCCCGUAAAAUUGCCAAGCAGGUGGAGUAUGGGUAAAUGAAGGAACCAUUUUAUUGUUUUCUGGGUUUUUAACACUAUGUAGCCACUUGAAAGUCAGAGUUGCACAUGUUUGUGACAAAUUACAAAGGAGUUAGCAUUGGGUUUCUUUGGAUCAAGCUGAAAAAAUCUAUCACAUUAGAUUUUCCCCGUAAACUUUAUCCAGAAUUCACACAAGUGGACUGCAAACCAAGCUUUACCAAAGUUAUUGUAUAGAUUUUUUUUCUUUUCCAAAGAUUUUCAGUCUAUUAUAGCCAAUCAAAACCAACGACAAAUAGGAAGUUGUGUCACGAUGCUGCAUCGUUUUGAUCUACAGGUUGAACUUGACAUACAAACUUGGACUUCAGCAUUAGACCUCGAGCAUGCUCAGUGUACAGAGGCAUCUAGUCUGUUUAUUUUCAGAGCAGUUUAACAGUUUUCUCUUUGGCAGGCUGCUGUUCAAGAAGAUUAACCAACCGAAAGGUCAAAAUUCCUGUUCACGCGGUGCCUUACAGAUAUUAAACAUUCAGAUAUUUAUUAGGUUAAAUCAGGCUAUAAAAUGUUUCACGCAUGUUAUAAUAUAUUUAUAUUUUGUGAUUUUAAGAUGGCUUUCAACUCGGUGUUGUUUUAAUAGUAGCAUUAUUUAUAUUAACUUAGUGGAACUGGAGAAAGUGUCUCACACAUAGAGAACAUUAAGAGUUUUAAGCAUUUAUUAAGUGUAUUAUAAAACUAAAGCCAACUUCAUCAUCAGUGGUUCUGGUUCACAGAACUAUUUUUACAUUUUGUCAUCUGAGGUUCAAACUGAAGGUUAAACUUGUCCUUUACUCUUGUAUUUAUACUCUGUAUAUAACUGCGACACAUGACGAUGUUGUAAAUUAAACGAAUGACAACUCAG